AUGUCCAAUUCAUACGAUGAUUUUUGGGGCUCGGAUUCUGAUGAUAAUAGUACUUUCAAAGCAAAUGAAGAGUCUAUAGAGAUUCGAAAAUUGCGAGCAAGACAUUCUAAGAGAGGGUAUCUUGAUGGUCUUACAUAUUCAAAGGAAGAAAAUCUACAAGCCGGGUUCAAUACUUCAUUUCCAGAGGGAUGUGAUCUCGGAUUGAAGGUCGGCCUUAUUCUUGGGACGUUGCAAUUUCUGGCAGCCUACUAUGGACCUAAAGACGAGAAGCUCCGAAACGAUUUUUCAACUGCUCAAAAGGAAUUGAAAAUCAAUAGUAUCCUUAGUAAGACUAACUUCGAUGAAAACUUUGAUCUGAUAGGUGAUAAGCAUCCAAUUAUCGAUAAGUGGGAAAAGAAAUUAAAGGACUAUCAAGGAAAGUACUUUUGA